AUGGAUAGCGGGAGCUCCUCCCCAGAGGACACAGAGCCCGAGUACAAAAUUAUUGUCUUGGGCAACGGGGCGGUUGGUAAGACAUCACUCAUCAGAAGAUACUGCGAGGAUGGCUUUGGCCAAGGUUACAAGCAGACCAUAGGCGUCGACUUUUACUCAAAGAGGGUGGAGAUUCCCGGAUCACAGGCCGUCAGUCUGCAGAUUUGGGACAUUGGCGGACAGCAGAUUGGCGGAACCAUGAUUGCAAACUACGUGCAUGGCGCUGAUGCCGUUUGCUUCGUGUACGACGUGACGAACCCCGCCUCUUUCAAGGACGUUGAGGACUGGCGCCAGUCUCUUCUCGCGCUGCAGGGAAACGAGGAGGGGCGAAAGCCGCUUAUGGUGCUUGUUGGCAAUAAGACUGAUUUGCCAAACCGUCAAGUGACUGCGGAUAUGCAUGCAAAGGCGGCAUCGACGUACGAUAUGGAAUCCAUUCUUAUCUCUGCCCGCUCAGGGGACAGGGUCAAUGCCCUUUUUGUGAUGAUUGCCGCCAACCUUGCUGGCGUUGAUAUCUCACAACAGGAACUUGACAUGACAAACCGGGUGGUUCUGAGCAUCGAGUCGCGUCUACAAGAGCGGACACAAGGCCUUCGUGCCACGGAGGGGAAGGAAAAGAGGAAAAGUAGCGAUGAUAACUGCUGGCUGAUGUAG